GCCCGGGCGAGGCGUAUGUUCAGGUCCAAACGGGCAGGGCUCGUGCGGCGGCUUUGGAGAAGCCGGGUCCUCCUCGACACAGAAGGCGUCGGCGGAGGAGAUGGUGGCGGCGGCGGCGACGGCAGCGGCAGCAGCAGCAGCCUCCGGAAGAGCCAUGCGCCAGGGGGCAGCGACGACAGGAGCCCGGAGGAGUCCCCCGCUGGCGGCAGGCGAGCGGUGACCCGCGGAGGCGCCGUCGAGGAGCCGCGCCUUUUGGAGAGGUCCAUGGCGCACGGCGAGGAUGACCCUGCGGCGCCUCCCGAGGGGGCGGCGGUUGCAGUCACGGCAGCGGAGGAGGAGGGCGGCGGCGAGCGGGCGAGCCCCUGGCGGGCGCAGGAGAGCGACGGCAAGACGGUGACCUGCUGCCUCUUCAAGGACCGGGAGCCCGACGGCGCCUCCUCCGGGGCCCCCCGGGACGAGCUGUCGGCCCGCGAAGGACGCGCGAGACUGUCGCUGCCGGAGCAGGAGCUCAAGGCCGCCACCUACUCGCUCCUCAAGCGCCUCAAGGAGCGCGCUCUCGACAGCUUGCUGGAAGCCGUCGAGUCCCGCGGCGGGAUGCCCAGCAGCUGCGUCCUUGUCUCCCGCGCCGAGGUGCGCCUGGGCGGCCAGGUGGCGCCUCCUCAGCUGCUCCUGGGCAAACUCUUCCGAUGGCCGGAUCUCCAGCACCCGGCCGAGCUGAAGCCCCUGUGCGAGUGCCAGAGCUUCGGCCUCCCCGACGGCCCGACGGUGUGCUGCAACCCCUAUCACUUCAGCAGGCUGUGCGGGCCAGAAUCUCCACCCCCUCCUUACUCCCGGCUGUCUCCAAAUAAUGAGCAAAAGCCACUGGAUCUUUCUGACUCCACGUUGUCCUACACUGAAACGGAGGCUACGAACUCGCCCAGUGUCACCCCUGGAGAAUUCUCAGAUGCCAGUAUGUCCCCAGAUGCUCUUAAACAAAGCCAUUGGUGCAGCGUUGCCUACUGGGAACAUCGGAUGCGUGUGGGGCGCCUCUACACAGUGUACGAACAGUCUGUCAGUAUCUUUUAUGACCUACCUCAAGGAAACGGCUUCUGCCUCGGACAGCUGAACCUGGAGAACAGGAGCGAGACUGUCCGCCGGACUCAGAGUAAGAUUGGCUAUGGGAUUUUGCUCAGCAAAGAGCCAGACGGCGUGUGGGCUUAUAAUCGCAGCGAACACCCCAUCUUCGUCAACUCCCCAACACUGGACAUUCCCAACUGCCGGACUCUGAUUGUGCGCAAGGUAAUGCCUGGCUAUUCCAUCAAGGUCUUUGAUUAUGAGAAAUCUUCCCUCCUGCACCACACCACUGACCUGGAAUAUCCGGAUGGGCCUUUCGACCCAAACAGCGUCCGGAUCAGUUUUGCAAAAGGCUGGGGCCCUUCCUACUCCAGACAGUUCAUCACCUCUUGUCCGUGUUGGCUAGAAAUCUUGCUCAACAACCACAGAUAACCGUCGGCCUUCGAGGAGCGCCCGGUGGAACUCAGACAAUCCCCAAAUAUCAUCUACCUAGAUUUAAUAUAAAGUUUUAUAUAUUAUAUGAAAAUAUAUAUUAUACUUGUAAUUAUGGAGUCAUUUUUACAAUGUAAUUAUUUAUGUAUGGUGCAAUGUGUAUAUGGACAAAAAAUGGAAAACGCACUUUGGCUUAUAAGUCUUUCAGUAUAGUUUGGUUUUUUUAAGGAGGAAAAAAUUAUACAGCAAACAUUGGACUAGUACCAUGUUUUGGCUGUAUGGUUUUUGUUUUGUUUUUAAAAUAGUAAUACCCAGACAAACAGCUAAUACCAGUCACUCAUUGAUAAUAAAGUAUUUGCAUUAUAGGUUCCCCCCCACACA